AUGUCGAGCCUCCCGCCACUGGCUCAGGCUUGUGGUCGUGGCGCGUGCCGGGACCAUACCACGCCACCCCUAACCCGCUGUGAUGACCUUGUGUGCAGGUGGCCACUGGCGAACAAUGCGUCACUGCCAGUUCUCUCUCCCGCGCCUUUCCGCGAAGUGAGCUCUUCCUCCGUACGCAGAGCGCUCUGGACAUGGGCUCGCGACGCCAAAAGACGGAGCAGACAGUUCGGGGGAUCUCGCUCGGGAAAGUGCGGUCCGCCCGCGAGGUCGCGACCGACGCAGAAGAGGGCAGCCCGGGAUCCCCAGAAGGUGGAGGAGCGGGAGGAGGACGAACACGGCCGGGAUCCUUGGAAGGAGAGGGCCGAGGACGGCCGGGAUUCCUGGAAGGAGGAGGAAGAAGAGGAGAAAGAGCAGGAAGAGGAGGCGGAGGAGAGGGACGAGGAGGAGGACGACGCCCGGCACCCCCGGGAGCAGCGCCGCGGCACGUUCCGCGGGGUGUCGCUACUGCGCGCCGGGAGCUACUACGAGCACGUCAAGAUUUCUGCGCCUAAUGAAUUUGAUGUCAUGUUUAAACUGAAAGUCCCCCGAAUUCAGCUAGAGGAAUAUUCUAACAGCGGUGCCUAUUACUUUGUGAAAUUCAAAAGAAAUCCCCAAGAAAAUCCUCUGAGUCAGUUUGUAGAAGGAGAAUUUUUAUCAGCUUCUAAGAUGCUGUCAGAGUUUAGAAAAAUCAUUAAGCAAGAAAUAAAAAACAUCAAAGAUGUCGCUAUGGAGAGGAAAAAACUCGGGAGCCCUGCUGUAACACUGCUCAUUGGAGAAUCUGAGGAGAUAUCUGUGGAUAUAAUCCUUGCUUUGGAACCGGAGGGUAGCUGGCCUGCGAGGACCAAGGAUGGCCUGCCCGUCAAAAAAUGGCUUGGAGGAAAAGUCAGGACUGAACUCAGACAACAGCCGUUUUAUCUUGUACCCAAGCAUGCAAAAGAAGGACAAAGUUUCCAAGAAGAGACAUGGCGGCUGUCUUUCUCUCACAUUGAAAAAUACAUUUUGAGCCAUCAUGGAGACUCUAAAAAAUGUUGUGAAGCUGACGGAGUAAAAUGUUGCAGGAAGGACUGUUUAAAAUUAAUGAAAUAUCUUUUGGAACAGCUGAAAAAGAAGUUUAAUAGACAAGAACUGUCUGAAUUUUGCUCUUAUCACAUGAAAACAGCAUUCUUUCAUUUAUGUUCCAAGUACCCACUGGACAGUGACUGGGAUCCCAAAGAUUUACGCCUCUGCUUUGAUAACUGUGUGGCAUUCUUUCUUGAGAGACUCAGGAAAGAAGAACUUGAGCAUUAUUUUAUUCCUGGAGUUAAUUUCUUCUCUCAAGAAUACAUUGACACAAAAUGUAAAGAGUUUUUGGCAGAGAAAAUUGAAUAUGAAAGAAACAAUGGAUUUCCAAUUUUUGGUGAAUUUUGAAAUUAUAUUCUAAAAAAGAACCAAGAAUUACAAUGACUAAUAAUUGAGAUUGUCACAGAAACUAUGGACUAAUUAACUAUUCCGUUCCCAAUUUGUCAUAACCAACCCUAAUGUAAGGAAUUUCCUGGACAAAAAGAUUAAUUAAGGAAUUAGAUAAAGCCUGUUUUUUGU